UUAUCGUGGGGCAUUCCGAGUGUCGAUUGGGCCCGGCUUGGAUCCCACCAAGAUCAGUUCCUUGUUGACUACUAUGAUCGUAUCAUGUCGACGGCGCAUCUGCAGAUAUGAACGUACGCGUUGUAUUCUCGGUGAUUCUAUCGUUGUCGGCUUUACUGCCGUCGUCAUUCACUCAAUAUGACGGUCGCGAUUAUGAAGUUGUAUACAAUUCCCCUGAUCAAUACGUGGCAACCGCGAAUGGCCCACCUGGUCAUAAUAAGCGGGGCGGGGGUUCUUCCGGACCGCCGGGUCAUAAUAAAUGGAAAGGUGGUGGCAGAGGACCACCAGGUGGUCGCGGUCCUCCCGGAUUAGCGGGCGGCAGUCCUCCAGGAUUAAAUAAACAUCCUCCGGGCUGGAACGGAGUAAAUAACGAAAGACUGUCCGAAGAAGAGAAUACUUAUGGACCUCGUCCUGAUGAAAGAACUCGUCCUCGUGGUCCAGAUGAUCCAAACGGAAACGUGCAAAAUCAAUGCAGAGACAACGAAUUUCGUUGCAAGAGUAACGAGUGCCUACCGCAAAGCGUUAGAUGCAAUCAAAACAUUGAUUGUCGCGAUGCUAGCGACGAAGCGUUUUGUGUUACGAACAGAUUUAGUGAAAAUGGCUGCAUCUUGCCUGAACAACCGGAAAAUGGACAAUACCAAUUGGAUGGUUGCAAUGGUUGCACUAAACGUCCUGGCGAUGCAGUUCCCUUAAAAAGCAUCCUCACUUACAGUUGUAAAAGCAAUUAUUUACUGAGCGGAAACACCAUUUCCGUUUGCGUCGACAACGAAUGGUCCGAACCACCUUCGUGUUACAAAGUCUGUCCACCGUUAAACAGCACAAGCGUAGACAUUUCCUGCAGUUACAAGGAAGAAACAGUGUCCUGCAGCGAGCGUAUACGACCUGGUACACGGGCUACGCUCGCCUGUAAAUCAUCUUAUAAAUUACCUUUAACGAACGAUCCGGCUUACAGAGAGCUCACGUGUCUUGACGAUGGUUUAUGGGAUCGUCGCCUUUUUCGCUGUCUACCCGAAUGCGGAACAGCCACUGCACGCGGUAACACUUUAAUUGUAAACGGAUUCGAAGCUGAAAUAGGAAACUUUCCCUGGCACGUUGGGAUUUACGCUAAGAAUUCGGAUCAAGAAUACGAACAGAUAUGCGGUGGCACUCUCAUUAGUAGCAAUCUCGUCGUAACAGCGGCUCACUGUGUUUACGAUGAAGUCUACAAUAAAGUUAGUAGCCCCCACAAUUAUGCUGUUGGCGCCGGCAAAAAGUACCGUGAUUGGAACGCGAGAGAGAAAUACUCUCAGAAAUCAUUGGUAGAGAAUAUUCAAUUAGGCGGUAGAUACAUGGGGGCAAGAGGUAAUUUCGCCGAUGACAUAGCCUUAUUAAAACUAAGGACAGCCUUUGAGCUGACUACUUUAGUGAAGCCAGUUUGUAUGGAUUGGGACAACGAAUAUGAGAGGGAACAGCUGCAGUUAGGACAAAAUGGCAAGGUGGUCGGCUGGGGCAAAGAUAUUAGAGGUGAAUCCACCAGGACCUUACAGGAAAUUGACAUGCCGUUCGUGCCGUAUCAACAGUGUUUGUCCGCAGUGCCUCUAGAUUUCCGAGGAUAUCUCACGUCCGACAAAUUCUGUGCUGGCCAUUUGAACGGUUCGAGUGUUUGCGAAGGAGAUAGCGGUGGUGGCUUAUGCUUUCAAAAGAAUGGUAUUUGGUAUCUUCGUGGUGUCGUCAGCGUAAGUCCCUCGAAAAGAGGUACUUGCGAUUACAAUUCGUAUGUUGGAUUUACCUAUGUCAGUCGCUUCCGUGAUUGGAUUCGCGAAGCUUAUAUUAAUGAGUAACAAGAUUUUUUUUUGAGAACAGUGAGUUGUCGAAUGCAUGAAAUGCCGACAUUAUCGCAUUUAAUAAUAAUGUUAGAUAAGUUAGGUGUAAUAUACAAAAUAAUAAUAAGAAAAUAUUAUACUAAUAAAUAAUAAUAUUCUUUUUUAAAAUUUUAAUUUGAUUAAAAAAUUUUAAUAUUGGUUAAAAAAAAAUACGAAAAAAUUACAGUUUUAAGAACUUACAUGAUAAGAUUGGGCGUAAAGCCAGUCAGGAACGAUAUGUAGUUGUGAUUAUAACUAUACGUUAGAUUUACCUCCGUCAGUAAGUCCCGUAGUUGGAUUUGCCAGGCUUAUAUCAAUCGUUUCGUGAUUUGUAAGGAAUAUGUUGCCGGCAUAUGUUCUUAAUUGAUAUCAGAUAUACAUAUACGUAAUAAGAUAAUAAAAUAUUGCAGAAAAAUGAUAACUGUACAUUUUCAAAAAUUUGAUAUUUUAUGAAAAAAGUUAAACACAGUGUUUUCAUAAAAGAAAAUCCUUUUAUAAAUAAAAAAUACAUCAAAUACAUAAAGAUAUCUAUAUAUGUACAAUAAAAAAUUGAAAAAAUAAAAUAUAUGUUACGUGCCAUUA